CGAUUCUAGCUUCGCAUGAUUGUAGCUUCACAGGAGACUAAGCCGAUCACCAUGUCCCAAAACAAUUCAGGCGAUUUGAGGCGAAUGUUGCAGCAACUUGGCUUGGACAACUUAUUCUCCCAAUUUGAAGAUAAUGAUAUUGACGACGAGAGCUACCUGUUAUUAACUGAAGAAAAUCUAAAGGAAAUCGUUCCAAGCAUGGGUCCACGUUUGAAGAUCUUGCGAGCUUUACAGGCAACUAAAUCGCGAGAAGUUUAUACGUUUCACGUCAAUGUUCCUGAGACUGAAAAUUUCUCAUGUUCAUUUCUACAAGACGAAACUCAUUCUGAAGCUGGGAUUUCAAUUGAUACCAAUGACAUUUUAGACGAGAAAGAAGCACGUGAAAGGGGGCUGUGCUUGUCGCCGUCAAUACUAAAAUGUAGUUCAAAAAGCUCCAACUCGCAUUCAAAUCAGGAGGAAAUUAAAAAUAAGGAGUUGCCACCCGCUCCAGUCUUGGACUCACAAAAUUGUCAAGAGCUUUUAGUGCCGUCAAAUCUUGUACCAAUUAAAACCCGUUUUCCAGUAAGGUCACAAAUUGAUAACCAGGUAUUUGCUUCUCCGGGAGCAGCAGUAGCAAAUUCGAACAGUAAUGUUUCAAGCCAGGCGGGGACCGCUCCAAAUCUAAAACAAAUUCCCCGUCAAUCUUCGUCACGUAGGAAUAUCUAUGGAUUUGAUAUAAACGAGGUCCUUCAGAAAUGUACUUCUUUACAAAAAAUCGUCGCCACCAAGAUUCCAGAGAAUUUAAUGAUCAUUAAAGCAGAUAGGCAACUUAUUGCAGCUGUUCUUAUCGAUGCUGUCAUUUUGCACCAUGGAACCCGACCUAGCAAGGAAGCUUUGGAGCAGUUGGCCAAGGAUUUGGUGAAUUAUACCCGACGUUUGGGGAUCGGAGAAAAUUACAAAACGGAUAUGAGAUGUGGUUUUUUAGCUCUCCAUAUUGUGGCGCUACUGGGUUUUUGGAGGAGAGAUUAAAAAAUCAAAGAAAGGCAAUUAACUCCAAAAGGACAGUAUUGGAGUACAAACUAGACGAAGCAGUUUUACAAUCUUGGGAUUCUGAAAAUGAGAAUGAUGACCAAGAGCCUGAGGAAGACAUACUAACUUACAUGCAGCACAAUUUUGGAAAUGAAAUAAAAAAUCACAUGAAAGACACGGUGUUUUCGAGGCGAACGUACAUUCGUCGACUCCAUCAAACGGGGCAAUUUCAUUUAGAGUCUAUUAUGAACAUUAUGCCUCGUCUCUUUGACACUGAAGGAAUGAUUGUCCAGGACUUUAAUGUUCGCCAUCCAAAGCUGUCUCUUGUCUUGUAUAACAAGUGGCCUCGAGUUUCAAAAUUGCUGUUAGAUUACGCCGAUCAAAGCGACAUUAACUAUAUGAAGAAGCUAGAUGUCCUCAAAGGAGUUAGCGAUUUGGAUGAUGAUGACAAAAUGACACUCGCCUACUGCCUUUUGCCAUACGUUCUACCAUCAUGUGGAAGAAAAGCGACGCCAGCAUCCGGAUAUACUAUGUCGACUGAGCAGCAAAGUCUUUCUGAAUCGCCGCAGGCAAAUAUCUGUGGAACACGAAAAAGAAAAAUCCCCGCAGCCUCUAAGUCUCCAAAGCACUUUAAAUCAAUUAAAGCUUCUGAUUUAGACUGCCUCAAAAGUCUCAUCAUUUUUAAAUCGGUAAAUACGCAUGUGGCGGAUGUCUUAGACGAAAAUCGCAAUAAAGCUCCAUUCAUACUCGCAUUGGGAAUUCCAGCGCUAUUGAAAUUUGAUGCCUUUUAUGUCAUCAUCGAUAAAGUGGCAAUCCCGUGCGGUUCAAGAUUCCUAGUCGCCCUCGACACCUGUUUCAAAACUUUUACAGUGCUUGGAUUACCCUUUCCUCUCGAGUCGUAUGAUCACUGGACAUUCAUUUCCCAUGGAGUAGCCGGAAACGGAAGUCACUCACCAAUUCCGCCGGUUGUUCAAGCUCUGAUCGGACAAAUCAUGUGCCGUAUUUAGGUUACAUUAGUACAAAAAUAUUAAACAUAAGUUGUGAUUAUUUGGUUGUUAUUAUUGAAUCUAUAGUCAAUAAACAUUUCAAGCAUUUAAAAAGA